AUGUCCGGAUAUCCAGAGGAAUCGAUUGGCAAUGGAACCUAUGGACAAGUCUUUCAACUCGUUGGACACGACCCGCCAGCGGUGAUCAAAUAUGUCAUAUGUUCUAAUGGUAAGUCUCGACGGCACUACGAAACAGAAUGCGAUGCGUUGCAAAAAUGUGACCAUCCAAAUAUCGUUCAUUUGAUUCGAAUUCACGAGGUCGAAAACUCGACUAGACUCGGCCUCGUAAUGGAGUAUUGUGAUCGAGGAUCGCUAAAAACAAUGAUCUUUAAUUCGACAAUCAUUUACACCAUUCGCUCAGUCAUCUCGUGGAGCCAACAACUCUUUGGAGCACUCGAUUACAUGUACCAAACUUUCAAUAUCAUCCAUCGUGAUAUCAAACCUGCCAAUAUCUUUGUCACAAAUGAUUUCACUUUGAAAGUCGGCGAUUUCGGAUUGGCAAAGAUGGCGGCUGAGACGACGAGCGGGACUUUUAUAGGAACUUAUCGAUAUAUGAGUCCGACAAGACCUGACUACGAUGCUCGGGCAUCUCAUCUUCAUGAUAUUUAUGCUAUGGGCCUUGUCGUUUGGGAGCUGAUAGAAAGAAGGUAUGUAUGGUCAGAGUACGAAGCUGAUGGCGAAUUUCGUUAUCAUUUCUUUCUCUACAGCUUUUUCGAAGGUCAUGUCACGGAAUUGGCGGCACCAAACUGCCAACCGAAUCUACAGCAAAUAAUCAAAAGGUGCACGAAUUUUGACCGACGUUCGAGACCCAAAGCCGACGAAGUCUGUCAACAAUUAGCAGCUCUGCCCCGGCUUGAACAUCAGGAUAUCCAGCCAACAAUCGUCGAGUCGAGUCAAGUCUUGAUUCGACCAGUUGAAGAUGAACCGGUGCCAACCAACGCCAAUGGAUUGCCCGUUGAUUCCCGUGGUGAAUUUUUGCCGACUGACAGCAAGGGACGUCAUGUCUUCAUUGGAACUGCCGAACCGAAAGUAACAAGCAAGGUGUUGAACCCGAAUGAGAUGAGACAGCCUGAUGGAACGCCACUCGCUACGGAUAUCACUGGCGAAUACAUACUUGACGACGGCACUCCAAUUGCACGUGACGAUGAGGGCAAGCCUAUUGGAUUUACUUACAAACUCCAAUCAAAAGUUGAUGAUGAUGAGGAAAAAAUUGAAUCAAUGAAUGGAAAGCCCAACAAUCUCCAGGCAGAGAUCGACGCGUUGAAAGGAGAAGAUCUCAAGAAACUGCAUUCUCGAAUCGAAAAUUUGGAGUCAACGAAGGAAUUGCAUUCAAAACCAACAACAAGUUUACCUGAAAGCGACGAAGACGAUCAAGUUGACACUAACGGAAUUUCUCCGUUGAGCCUCUUCAAGUGUGGACUUGGAUGGAGACACUUUAAAAAUUUCUGCUAUCGAGCAUCGUUUGUUUGGAAUAUAACCAACAGUCAGGUCACAUACGAAACAGCUGAAAAUGUUUGCAGAGAUUUGGCUGAAGAGGCUGAUCUCGUCUCAAUACACAGCGAAGAAGAGCAGCGCUUUUUCCAAGGAUUGGUUCGUGAAAUGAAUCGUGACUGCUGGAUUGGAUUGAAGCUCGAGGCUCAUGGAUGGGUUUGGAGUGAUGGAAGUGCUUUGGAUUACGUGAAUUGGGAUGAGGGAGAACCAUCGAGCGGGAGCACCGAGAAAUGGGUUCAUAUAACCAACAGUCAGGUCACAUACGAAACAGCUGAAAAUGUUUGCAGAGAUUUGGCUGAAGAGGCUGAUCUCGUCUCAAUACACAGCGAAGAAGAGCAGCGCUUUUUCCAAGGAUUGGUUCGUGAAAUGAAUCGUGACUGCUGGAUUGGAUUGAAGCUCGAGGCUCAUGGAUGGGUUUGGAGUGAUGGAAGUGCUUUGGAUUACGUGAAUUGGGAUGAGGGAGAACCAUCGAGCGGGAGCACCGAGAAAUGGGUUCAUAUGAGACCAUGGAACGGAAAGUGGAACAAUGUGGAAAGUGAUUACCAAGCACUCGUUGGAUGCAAGAAACCGGCCGGUAAAGGGACCAAGGAU